AGUCGUCCGACGACAACAUGAAUGUUUGGUCGGGCGGCGAUUCGUGCGAUACAAACAACACAAUGACCACAAUGUGUCCACAAGACAAUAACAAUACCACUGACAACAAUCAUAGAAACGAUGACAAUAUUGCCGAUGACAACAACAUUAACAACAGUGGUCUACUAACUGACGACGAAGACGACUAUGUGGACGAUGAUGAUGACGAUGAUGUCAAGACAUCAAAGCGAUUGAUAAGCAAAGCGAUUAACACCAAUGAAAAUCCGGUUAAAGAAAAACAUAUCAGAACCAUAAUAAUCGGUACCCACCAAAACAAGAGCGCACAUCUCUUUUGGACAAUUGCUCGCAAUCUUCGACUUCAAGACAAUCCGAUUCUUUGCUGGAAGUUUUGUCAUGUCUUACAUAAAUUGUUACGCGAAGGAUAUCGAAAGACAAUUGCCGACUCUUAUCCAUUCCGGCCAAUGCUCAAGGAUUUGGGCAAUAAGUGGGGACUCUUGAGGGAAGGUUACGGAAAAUUAAUCCAAAAUUAUAGUAAUUUACUUAUUCGUAAAAUUGAUUUUCACACAAAUAACCAACGUAUUCCUGGAAAUUUGAUGGUCAGUGAUGAAGAAUUGGAUACAAUCUGUGAAAUAUUAAGUCUUCAAUCAAACGUGUUUGGUUCACUUGAUAUGAGUCGAUCCAAUUCAAUGACAAUGGCUGGUCAGUGCCGUUUGGCACCACUUAUCCCAUGCAUUCAAGACUCGAGUCAAUUAUACGACUUUUCCCUCUACCGGCCGCCGCAAUAG